AUGUCAAAAGCUCUCAGCUCUGUCCAGGAUCAGCGGGAGUUGAGAAGAAAGGUGCUUCUGGCACAGCGCGCGCCCCACCUGAAGGCGGCCGCGCCCGGGCAGGACUGCAGCCCCAGGCGAGGCGCCCGCCGCGGAGAGCGGCCCCUGGUGUGCGCGGCGCCCGAGCGGGCCGGUCCGCUCGCCCCAGGGCGCAGGGCGGCGGCGAGCGGGCUGCGGGAGGACCUGAGGCGCGCGGCGGGGCCCUAGAGGGGCCUGUCCCGGGGCCCCAAGCAAGAGCCGCCGCAGGAGGAGGCGGCGGCGGCCGGAAACGAGUUUUUACUGCCAAAUGAGAGAAGCUUCCAGAAUGCUGCUGAAAGCAAUGAUUUGCAUCUUAUGGAGAAGCUGUUUGAAAAGAAGGUUAAUAUUAAUGCUGUGAACAAUAUGAACCUCAAAGCCUUGCAUUUUGCAGUGGGGACAAAUCGUUUAUCUGCUAUGGAUUUCUUGCUUAAUCACAAGGUCAGGGUGGAUAUUGCUGAUGCACAUGGCUUGACAGUACUUCACCUUGCAGCCUGGUCUGGAAGUCUCGAGAGCGUGCUCAUGUUGACUCGAGCUGGAGCGGACCAGAGAGCCGAGAGGCAGGAUGGCAUGGAUGCCGCCCACUCUGCCGCUCAGAGCAAUAGCGUGUGCAUCGUGGACCACCUCACUCAAGAUGGGUACCCGCACGACCUGGGCCAGCCUGAUGAGAAGGGAAGAAAACCAUUUCUUUUGGCGGCAGAGAGGGUCCACGUCGAAAUGAUAGAAAAACUUAUCUUCCUUAAUCUGCAUACUACAGAAAAGGACAAGGAGGGGAGUGCUGCCCUGCACCUCAAGGCGAAGCGUGGUCACAGCCCUGCGAUUCAGUGCUGCUCACCCAGCCGCCAGGAAUGCAGAGAUCAAGGAGGUGUGUGCAGGGGCUCAUACAAGAGUCAUACUGUUUCAUUGUAUUCAUUGAUAACCAUGAGAAGAACACCAGAAAGCAUGCUGGAUUCUAAUGGUAAUCCCUCCCUGCCUUCUCUCUCCACCUGUCUCUUACAGAUCAAUAUCAGUGCUUUGCAGACAGUAACCCGGAAUGGCCAUGCAUUACUUGUCAGGUUUCUUCUCAAUGAGAAUGUUGAUCUGCACCAGAAGAUGGAACCUAAGGCGUCCCCUCUUCAUUUAGCUGUUCUCAACAACCUUGUCACAGUGGUGAACAGCUUAAGUGCACAGCAUGACGUUGAUAUCUUAAAUCAGCUAGCACACCUCAUCAGGCUGGCCCAGGUCGUGUGGGUACCCAUCUUGAGUGAGGUGGUCCACGAUGCACACGCUAUUGCUCUGAGCGGCAGAGUGGGCGUCAUCCAUGCCAUCCUAAGAGGGCCGGGGGAGGGGCGGCCAUUCUCUGCAGCCUUCCCCCUCCUGCGCUGUGAGAGAGGGCGUGGGUCCCGGGGCGAUCCACAUACCUGCCUGCCUCUCGGCUCUCUGGUCCGCUCCAGCUCGAGUCAACAUGAGCACGCUCUCGAGACUUCCAGACCAGGCUGCAAGGCUCUCGGAGCAGAUUUUCCAUGGGUCCUUCGGAAAGCAAAUGAGAACCAGCAUCUUUUGCUUGGGGACAGUAUAGAUGUGUGGCUUGUGCAGUGCACAAAGUCUAGGGGAACUUUGAACUAUACCUGCCUUGACAAAGGGCAGACUGCCCUGGCUGUGGCCGCAAGGAGCAGCAGCAGCCUCUGCACGGCUGUGCUCACCGCAGCUGAGAGGCACCACUACCAGUGGCGGGAACAGAGGUGUGGAGCUCAGUGGGGCCAAGCAGGCCAGUCUACUUUGGUUCUGAGGAGCCCAGCCUCUACCCUGACGUUCAGGCAGGACCACAGCCCGGAGACCAGGCAUAUUUGCAGUCUGCCCGGGCACCUGGCUUACUGUCAGCUGAAGGCCAACAAGCGGCAGAGGCUGGCCCGUUCGCAGAACUUUACGGACGCCCGGAUCAGAGCCAUCGAGGGGCAGCGGUCAGGAAAGGAGAGCUUCUGUGAACAUGGCCACAGGGCUCUGCUUAUUUGGCUGCACGGGGCCCUGGUGACACAGGCCACGCUGGUCAAGCACCUGUACAAGAAGCUGGUGCGCACAGACUUUCCAGAACCAGCUGAAAAGACUCGUCAAUUUACAAGUGAAGCUGACUCAAGGCCCAAGAAAUGUGCAGUUUCAUAAAUGCCUAAAGAAAUUAAACUAAAAUGAUUUUCCAUUCAGUAUUCAAUCCUCUUAAAUUCAGUUCUUUACAUGUCAUCAAGUUCUUCCAGCAGUAUUGAUUUUCCUUUCAACUAUGAAGAUCGCAGUGACAGGAUUCUCUAACAGAUGAAGAAAUGGUAUUAUACUUUCCAACCACUGAAGUAAAAAUAAUUUUGGUUUUGCUUAAAGCAAGUUGUAUAUGAUUUUCCCAUGUCUGC